AUGGUAGAGACACGUCAGACUUCACGCCGUCCUGUUCCAACCCCUGAAGGCCAUGUGGAGACUGUCAACGAAACUACCGAUCGCAGAACCCCCCCUCCUCCACUACACCCUCCUCCCCCGACUCCUCAACCACAGCCCCCUCGCUCGCCGGAACCUGCGGCCAUUACCCCACAUGCGGCCCAUGAGGCACUCUGCCGCUUGGAAGCUCGCAUCCGGGCAAUGGAAGAGGACAAUGGGGCGGGGCGAGAGCAGGCCCAUAGUAUGAGGAUUCGGGACGCUCAAGAGGAGAUUCACAUGCUCCGAGCUCGCCUGCGACAACUUGAAGAGCAGGAAACUCAAUCGCGCCCCCCGCCCGCGUUUUCCCAGGAAGAGGAGACGAACGGGGGCCCGAUCCCACCCCCUUACUACCGGGAAGCACGCCACCGGGCGCCCGCGGCCGAGCGGGUGGCCAGCCAUACACCACGGAGACGCUACUCUCCCCGCCGGAGCCCAUCCAGGCGCCGGAGCCCAACUCCGACUCGGGAUAGGACGUACAACCGCCCCAGGUCCAACAACGCGCUUGUCACCUACCCAGCGCCGAUCGGAGGUCCUCUAUCCCCGGAGAUCAUGGCGUUCCCUUUCCCUCAGGGGUGGGCACGGCCCAAAGUGAAACUCUACGAGGGAGACUCCGACCCACAAGAACACGUGAACUUCUUCGUGGGCGCGAUGCAGUAUGCUGGGGCCAGCGACCCUUUAUACUGCCGAUGCUUCCCCAUGAGCCUGGGAAAAGGACCCAUGAACUGGUUCCAGAAUUUACCGAGCAACUCCUUGCACGACUGGAACGGGGUCGUGACCUGCUUUUUAGCCCAGUACUCCUCGGUGCGCAGCAUACCGAAGACCGCGCAGACUCUAGCUUUGGUUAAGCAAAAAGAGAAAGAAUCUCUGAAAGCAUUUCUCAAUCGGUUCAACAAAGAGGCCGGCGAUAUCACCGGUCUCCUCCCCGACACCAGAUUGGUCCUGGCUACUGCAGCCCUUGCACCGGGACCGUUCCUGACCUCGCUGGACGGCAAGCCAGCCAACACUCUAGAGGAAUUUCUAGCUCGAGCAGAGAAAUUCAUAAAUAUGGAAGAUGCCGCGACCCUAAGAGCCGCGAGUCAGACGCUAGCGAUCAAAGGACCGCAGAAGAUGAAGGAACAUAAGGACCAACCUUCGACCCGGGAGUCCCGACGGAAGGGUCAGGACGAACGGAAGCCGAAACGGAAGAAAUAUGAUAGUUAUACCCCACUGAACUCCUCCCUCUCACGUAUCCGGAGGGAGAAAGCCUCCACCGACCUCCGAGACCGCCCACCCCCACUCCUGACAAGGGGGGACAAGCUAGAUUCUAAGAGAUUCUGUGAGUUCCACGACAGCCCGGGCCACAACACUGACGAGUGCCUGAACCUCAAGGACAAGGUGGAGGAACUGAUCAGAGCAGGGAAACUGUCCAAGUAUGUAGCUGUGUCAACGGGGGCCCUCCCGCGCCCGCGCUCGCCACCCCCGAGGCGGACACCGACCCCCCCGAGGCACCGAGACCGGACUCCUCCCAAGCGCCGAUCGGCAGAACGACGAGACAGAACUCCACCGCGUCGCUGGAGUCCCGAGCGUCGCGGACGAAGCCGAGAACGGAGAAGAAGCCCCGACCGCCACGGCCGGGAUGAAGUCAGAAGACAACAUGGAAGCCAUUUAGUCGACGUCGGUUCAAUAGCAGGAGGAUGGGCCGUAGGCGGGCCCACCAACAACAGCCGGAAGAGGAGUACCCGCGUCAUCAUGUCCGCGGCUGGACGGCCCCGGCCAGGGUCCCUCCACCCCCCAAGGCAGAAGGUGGCCAUAACCUUCACGAAGGACGAUUACGGCGAGGACACCGGCGAAGAAGACGACCCUAUCGUCAUUGAAGCCCUGAUCGGCAACGGUAAGAUCCGAAGGACACUCAUCGAUACAGGUAGUUCUGCUGACAUUAUGUUUUAUGAUGCUUACAAGAGCUUAGGACUAUCUGUGAAGGAUCUGCUCCCCUACGACCAUGAUUUGGUCGGGUUCACAGGGGACAGAGUCCUACCCUUAGGAUAUUUUGAUACUUGCCUUUCCUUGGGAGAUUACAGAAUUUGCAGGACUAUAAAAGCCCGCUUUCUGGUGGUGGAGUGUCCGACGGCGUACAACGCCAUUCUUGGCAGGCCAAGCCUCAACACUUUCAGGGCAAUCAUAUCCACCCACCACCUGAUGCUGAAGUACCCCUGGGCAGGAAGGGCGGUACCAGUACGCGGCAAUCUAGAAAUGGCGAGGAGCUGCUACAACUCCAGCUGCAGGCUGGCCAGGGAGGAAAGGAAGAAGAAGAAGUCCAAAGUGCACGACCAACAGAACAACUUUCACGUUCAACACACCAGUUUCAUGACCGACCUUGACCCCCGCGUGGACCAGUCUAGAGACGACCAACGCCUCAAACCCGACGGGGAGUACCACCCCAUCCAGGUCGGUCCCCUUCCAGAGAACACUACCAACAUAGCUCGGGGCCUUCCCCGAGACCUCUGCAAACGAAUGGAAAAUUUGCUACUUUCCAAUGGGAAGCUGUUUGCCUGGUCGUCAGCCGACAUGCCCGGCAUUGACCCCGCCUUCUAUAGCCACAGACUUUCCGUCGACCGGAAGUUCAAACCAGUUGCUCAGAAGAAGAGGCAGAUGAGCUCUGAGAAGCAGCAGGUUAUCCAGCAACAGACCACAGAGUUGCUUCAGGCCGGAAUCAUUCGGGAGGUCAAGUACACGACCUGGCUCUCCAAUGUGGUCUUAGUCAAGAAGGCAAAUGGGAAGUGGCGCAUGUGCGUCGACUACACGGACCUCAACAAGGCUUGCCCCAAGGACCCGUUUCCCCUACCGAGCAUUGAUGCGCUGGUCGACAAUUCCUCUGGAUACGAAUACCUCUCUCUUAUGGAUGCCUAUUCAGGCUACAACCAGAUUCCCAUGCAUAGGGACGAUGAAGAGAAAACUGCCUUCAUCACCGACCGGGGCACCUACUGUUACACGAUGCUGCCCUUCGGCCUCAAGAACGCAGUGGCGACCUACCAACGGAUGAUGACCCGAAUCUUCGGGGACCUAAUGGGGAAAUCGGUCGAAGUCUACAUUGAUGAUAUUAUAGUCAAGACCCCAAAGGGAGGGGACCACGCGGCAGACCUCGCAAUCGUUUUCGAGCAGUUAAAGAAGCACAACAUGCGCCUCAACCCCGACAAGUGUACUUUUGGCGUUCGAAGCGGGAAGUUUCUGGGGUACAUGCUCACCAACCGCGGCAUUGAGUUGAACCCUGACAAAUGUCAGGAAAUCAUGAAUAUGAAGAGCCCGCGCACAGUCAAGGAAGGCCAACAGCUGGCCGGGCGCAUGGCCGCGAUCGGCCGCUUUUUGCCAAAAGCUGCUCUCCGGGCCCUGCCUCUUUACACCCUCCUGAAGAAGGGAGCGACUUUUGAGUGGUCGGCGGAGGCCGACGCUGCUUUCACUCAGCUGAAGGAGACCCUGUCCUCCCCCCCCUUUUCUGACUAG